CUCACUCCGGCUCCGCCAGGAAGCGACUCCGCAGUUACACCGCGAGGAGGCAGACCCGAUUCACACCCCCGGCUGCUUCGCCACCCACCUCGCCCCCAAACCAGCCCUGCGGCUUGUCCUGCGCGCAGAGCGGGGGCUGCUCCGCCCGGGCAGAGAGCGGGAGGCGGGGGCAGGGCCGGCCGGCCGAGCGGCUAAACAACGCAGGGGCGCCCGCCCACCGUGCCUGGGCAAGUCCCCCGCCCGCCGCAGCGGCAGCAGCUGUCCCGGCGCCCGGCCGCCGCAGCCUUCCCCGGGAUUUGCGUCGCGCGCUAGCCCAGGGCAGAGGAGGCAGCGGCGGCGGGGAAGCGGCAGCCGGGCCGGGAGGCGGCAGCCCCAGCGCCUGGAACGGGCGGCCGGCCCCAGCGGAGCCGGGAGAUGAGCGAGAGUUGCGGGUUUCCUUUGCGUGAUCUGUAAACAUGUCCAUGGAUCUGCUAUGGUGUGAGGACUGCAGCAAAAGCCUUAUAGGAGAAUGCAAACUCCAUGGACCACUCAUCAGGGUUAAAGACAGGGUUAUUCCCAGUCGAGCCCGCCUUACCCUACCUCACUACCUCACUUUGCGAGUGCUGGAGUUGCGAGCUGGGAACCAACAGAUCCUUGGAGUGUUUGCUAAGAAAGUUAUACAGAAGAGAACACAAUUUGGUCCUUAUGUUGGGAAACUAUCUACAAAGCUUACCCACUAUGAUGACAACAGGCUAGUUCUACAGGUAUUGAAAGACGGCGGAAAGUACUUUCUGGAUGCUCCCAAUGAAGACUGUGGUAACUGGAUGAUGUUUGUCCGACUGGCCCGGAACCAGGAAGAACAGACCCUUGUAGCCUAUCAGUACGCUGGAGAAGUCUACUUCACAACUGUUAAGCCAAUUGAUCCCCACACAGAAUUAAAAGUGUGGUAUGCUGCAGAUUACGCCAAGUUUAUGGAAGCUUCUGCAGUUGUCAUCAAAGAAGAAUCUGAUAUCUGUGCUUUAUCACCAGUUUUAACAACAAGAGAGUGUGCCGACGCCUGGAUAUGCUCCAAUUGUAGUAACGUUUUUGGGACUUUAGCUCUGCUGGAAUCUCACCAAUGCAUCAGUAAAGACAAAGCACUUCUCACCAGCUUCAGACCAGCAAAUAAAUUAGAACCUCUAAAAACAAAGGGCAAAACCAAAGGCAAACUGAGUGAAACUGGCAUGGGCACAAGCAUUGUCCAGUGCUAUGGGGCCAUUUCCUGUUCCCCUAGUGCAAAGUCUACCUGUGCCAGCUCAGGAAGUGUUUGCGGUUCCAUUGUGAGAUUUGUGCCUACAUGGAGAAAUGGUCAGUCUUCACUACUAAAAGAAAGAGAAGCGAAGCAGCCAGACAGUUAUCGCUGCCGCCUCUGCGGGAAGAUAUUUUUUUCUGUUGAAAAGCUCACAGCCCACACUUAUGCCCACACAGGAGAGCGUCCCUACAGGUGUUCCCAACAGGGAUGCACGAAAGCUUUCAUUUCCAAAUACAAACUGAUAAGGCACUCGGCCACCCACUCUCCACAGAAAUCUCACCAAUGUGGUUACUGUGAAAAGACCUUCCACAGAAAAGACCAUCUGAAAAAUCACCUUCAGACUCAUGACCCCAACAAAAUGGCCUUCAAGUGUGAAGAGUGUGACAAGAAGUACAACACCAAGCUGGGUUACAAACGACACCUGGCUCUUCAUGCAGCCACCAGUGGGGACCUUACCUGCAGGGUGUGUUCCCAAGAGUUUGGAGGCACUGAAGUGUUGUUAGAACACCUCAAAACUCAUGCAGGGAAGCCAGGCAGCAGCAUCAAGGAAAAGAAACAUAAGUGUGACCAUUGUGAACACUAUUUCUAUACCCGCAAAGAUGUGCGGCGUCACAUGGUGGUUCACACAGGCUGCAAGGACUUCUUGUGCCAGUUUUGUGCCCAGAGAUUUGGGCGCAAGGACCACUUGACUCGCCACAUGAAGAAAACACAUCCACAAGAGCUGCUGAAGGGCAGGUUGCAGAAUGGUGACUUGCAGGGUCUCUUUGCCCCUUUCUCUCCAUUCAGACUGAAGGAAGAUGCCAGUAUCCUGUCCUCUUUUCCUGAGAGGGCUUCGAUGCAGCAUGGGCUUCCGAACACGUUAGAAGCAGAAGAGUAUAGCAGCCCACAUAUUCACUGUCAAAGCCUACAGUCUACUCAUCCCUUUGAGCCUCCUCAUUUGCUAAGGAUGAGCUGUGUAGAUAGUGUCUCAGCCACUCAUUCUAAACCAUCUCCACCAUCAAUUCCUACCAACCAGAAUCCUCAUCGGCACAACAAAUAUGAACUGAGUACUACCUCAUUUGCACCAACAUCCCUCAAAAGCCUACCCAUCGAAGUGGAUGUUAAAGCUCAUAAUGUGAAUUUGCUCGAGGACCUGCCUUUACCAGAACCUCACAAAGUCAACCAGGAAGAAGCUUCCUCAGGGGCUGCAGGCGAUGCUAGCAAGUACAUAUUGCACAAGGAGACUGUGACAACAGUUGAAUCUAUUAGCAUGCCCUCCAUGGAUCUUACUCAUAUACUGGGUUUCUGGCAGUUCCCUCAGAGUGAUAACCAGAAUAACAAUGGGGACAUAACAAUGGCAUUUGGUCAGGAGGAAGCACCACACAGGCUGAGCUGCAUCAGCCAACAGCAAGGUGCACAGCUAGCUCUGGGUGGAGUGGCCUUAAACCAGCUUCAUCAUGUCCCACAUUCUUUUCCAUCCAGUACAAAUUCUGCAACAUUGCCUCAUUUUCACCAUGCAUUCAGAUAACUACCACCUU